AUUUUUUCUUUUGUAAAUGGGCCCCUUUAGGAAGCUGCCAUGCACUUUCCUUCCACCAACAUUAUACGUUUAUAUCAAAAUUUCAUUUUCUAUCCUUCUCUGCGAGAAAGCAUUGUAUGAUCAGACAAAAAGGCUUUCAUGGCCGGCUUUUGCCUUCUUUAUUUAAGCUGUUCAAUCUUGCUGACUUCCCUUUGAAACAAACUUAUAUUUAUUAUGGAAACUGCUAAAAUUUUCAAGUCUUCUAAAUGGUUCUCUAACAAGAGCGUCCUUCGUUUAAACCUUCACCGACGUCGAUCCAAGUGUAGCUCAACGUCCUUGAGCUAUCCUGCAUCAUCACCAGAGUCUCCUCAAACACCUAAUAAAAGAACGAAAAGGGCCGAAGACGAGAUGAGAGAAGUUUUUCGCUAUUUUGAUGGAGAUGGUGAUGGAAAAAUCUCUGCCCUUGAACUUAGGGCUUACUUUGGAUCCAUUGGAGAGUACAUGUCUCAUGAAGAUGCUCAAGGGGUGAUCAAUGAUCUAGACUCGGACGGCGAUAGCAUGUUGGACUAUCAAGAUUUCUUGAAGCUAAUGAAAAGAGAAGCAUGCAAUGAUGAUGAUCUGAAGAAAGCGUUUGAGAUGUUUGAAUUAGAGAAAGGUUCAGGGUGCAUAACUCCCAAAGGAUUGCAAAAGAUGUUGAAUCGCCUUGGGGAUGCAAAAUCUUAUGAUGAGUGUGUUGCCAUGAUUCAGGCAUAUGAUACCGAUGGUAAUGGGGUCCUUGAUUUUCAUGAGUUUCACCGAAUGAUGGCUUAAUUCGAUAGUGGUCAUGUCUUUAUUUAAUUUGUAUAAUUAAACAAUAUUAAUGAGACUGCUAGCUAUACUAA